CUCUGAAGUAAAGUUAGGUUUUACCAGCAGAGCGAGCAGAAGAGGAUUGAAUUCCAGGUUGACAGGAGGAUCCCUGCAGUCAAUUGGAAGCCGUCCUCUCUCCCAGACCAGCAAGAUGGGUAAAAAGAGCAGAGUGAAGACCCAGAAAUCAGGGACCGGGGCCACAGCUGCGGUUUCUCCGAAAGAGAUGAUGAAUUUAAUCUCUGAAUUGCUGCAGAAGUGUAGCAGCGCUGCUCCGUCUCCUGGGAAAGAGUGGGAAGAAUAUGUUCAGAUUCGAGCUCUGGUGGAGAAGAUCCGUAAGAAACAGAAAGGGAUGUCAGUAUCAUUCGAGGGAACCAGGGAGGACUUUUUCUCCGAGCUGAUGGCCUGGGCUGCAGAAUGCGGAGCUUCUUGUGACGGUUUUGAGAUUUCCAACUUUGCAGAUGAAGGAUAUGGUCUGAAGGCCGCCAGAGAUAUCAAGGCAGAGGAGCUGUUCCUGUGGAUCCCAAGAAAGAUGCUGAUGACUGUAGAAUCUGCCAAGAACUCUGCCCUUGGGCCGCUGUACGGUCAGGACCGGAUCCUUCAGGCCAUGGGCAAUGUGACUCUGGCUCUACACUUGCUGUGUGAACGGGCCAAUCCCAGCUCACCUUGGCUGCCCUACAUCAAAACACUGCCUGCCGAUUAUGACACACCCCUGUACUUUGAAGAGGAGGAAGUGCGCCACCUGCUGGCCACACAAGCCAUACAGGACGUACUCAGUCAAUACAAAAACACAGCAAGGCAGUAUGCCUACUUCUACAAAGUCAUCCAUACUCAUCCGAACGCCAGCAAACUGCCCUUGAAGGAUGCUUUUACCUUUGACGACUACAGGUGGGCAGUCUCCUCUGUGAUGACCCGUCAGAACCAGAUUCCUACAGCAGAUGGAAGUCGGGUCACACUGGCCCUCAUCCCUCUCUGGGACAUGUGCAACCACACCAAUGGCCUGAUUACCACUGGCUACAAUCUAGAGGAUGACCGAUGUGAAUGUGUGGCUCUCAAAGACUACAAAGAGGGUGAACAGAUCUACAUAUUCUAUGGUACAAGAUCCAAUGCAGAGUUUGUGAUCCACAAUGGUUUCUUCUUUGAGGACAACGCACACGACCGCGUGAAGAUUAAGCUGGGUGUGAGCAAGAGUGAACGUUUGUAUGCCAUGAAGGCUGAGGUUCUGGCUCGUGCUGGGAUUCCUGCGUCCAGUAUCUUUGCCCUGCACUGCAGCGAGCCGCCCAUAUCGGCUCAGCUCCUGGCCUUCCUGCGUGUCUUCUGCAUGACUGAAGAGGAACUCAGGGACUACCUGGUGGGCGAUCACGCCAUCAACAAGAUCUUCACCCUGGGCAACACUGAAUUCCCUGUCAGCUGGGAGAACGAAAUCAAGCUGUGGACGUUCCUGGAAACACGGGCUGCGCUGCUUUUAAAAACCUACAAGACGACCUCAGAGGAGGACCGCUCCAUGUUGGAGAAGCCCGAUCUGUCACUGCACUCACGCAUCGCUAUAAAGCUACGGCUGGCAGAGAAAGAGAUUCUGGAGCGUGCCGUGUCCUGCGGUCGGGCCAAGCGCCUGCACUUCCAGAAGCAGCUGGACGAAGGGGCCCCGCUGCCACUGUACGAAGAAAGCGACAUCGCCCUUCUGGAGAACGCAGAUGCUAAACUCCCCAUAAUCCUGCGCAAACUGGAAGAAGAAGACGAGCGUGUUCAGGAGGAGAUGAACCUGGCUCAAAUCAAGCCAGACGCUGCCUGCCUGGACUCCUCCAAGACGCCCGUUCUUAACGGCCAGUGUAAAGAUCUCAAUGGUUCUCAAGAGGAUCCUCCAGGAAGUGAUGCGGUGGUGAAAGAGUGUGAGGUUGAGAAGCACGACCCGAGUACCAAACGAACUGAAGGUGAACCAAAAGAUGGUGGCAAAUAGUCAUAACCAGCGCACGGUGGCAAUCUUAGUUCCUGCUAUUUAUUUAUUUUCCUUUAAGAGACUCACAAAUAGGAGCAAAAGCUUUCUAAACUAAAGCAGUGGAUUUCAGUUUAAACUUUUUUUUUUUUUUUUUUUUUUUUUUUUUUUUUAUUAAAUGCAGCUUAAGCUAGCUCAAGCUAUAAGAAGCCCGUUGUUUGUUUUUAUUUAGUUUUGUUGGAGUUUUUAUCAGUGCCACAUUUGGUUUCUUUUGUAGUAGCUUCGCUUGUCCUGCCAGUAAAAGGUGGUCACAAGGUGAGGAAAUAACCAAUCAUGGACUCCCAUCUUGAUGAAGGCUUUCUUGGACUUCACGAAAUGAAAGAAAAAAAAAUAUAUAUAUCAGACUUUAACAUGGUAACGUUGCCAAGGAUGUUUCUGUUAAGUCCUCUAAAAUGCUGACUGGAAAUUUUACUACUUUUACCAGUCGUUGCUGUAGAUCAUGCCAGAAUUGUGCUUGACGUUUAGUGCUGCUUGACAAUCAUUACUCUUAUGUUCUGACAUCGAUCUGUAAAGAGAACAUCACUGCCUCGCUGCACGCUAGUUACUUUACUCGCAUAAAAAGUAUGUUUACUGAAAGACGUCAGUCCCAAAAAAAAGGAUAUAUUUUCAUGCACUUCAGAGUAAAGUCAGCGCGUUCUCAAAGUGAGCAUUAGUUUUGGAUUUGACAAAGAGAAUAAGAGGAUGUUGGUGACCAUGUGGUUACUCUUUGCUGUGAAUGUAGUUCAAGGUUUGUGUGUUAAAGCCAUUCACUCUUCAUUAUGUUUUAUAUAUAUAUAUUGUUUUAAUCCUUCUGUGCUUAUGAAACCCUUUGCAGUUAACGGACAUCGAGUCUAUGAUCUCGAAAGACUAACGUCUCUCAUACAGUAUGUGAUCUUUGGGAAAUCUAUUUUUGUUUUUCUUAUUUUUACGUAAGUAUUCACUGCAACACCAAAAUGAUCUCUUGCAUUUGUCAUGCAACUGUUGUGGUUAUCUUUAAGCCUUAACGAACAUCAUUUAGUUGGAUUCCAGAUACAGAAUCGUUGAUGCAGGAUGAAGAUGGGCAUCACCCACAAGACAAAACUCUGUUCCCGUCAGCUUUUCAAUAACAAAACAUUGGGGGCUAUUAAUUAAAGAAAUAUUUCACCCAAAAAAUUGAAAUGAACUAUUAUUCUCUCUCCCUAAUGUUGUUUCAGAUCUGCGUAUUGUAGUUUAUUUACUGAGCCCUGAAUUACAAGUCUUUUAAAAGCGGUAUGAUUCAUUUUGGUCAGUUAUGUAUGCAAAGCCAUGCAAUUAUUAACUGAUAAUCUUGCAUCUCUUCCUAUCAUAUGGCUUUGGAAGUCUUUGUGUAUAGAUUUAUUUUAAGCUUUUUGGCACCGCUUUUGUUUGAUACGAUCCGUCAAAGAGAUGCAUAGUGAGUAUUAUAUAGUAAAAAAAAAUUAAAUAACAAUAUAUAGGGUAUAAUAUGAGGGUAAAUGUUGACAAUUUUGGGGUGAAAUAAUUAUUAAAUCCUAAAACCAUGUUCCUCUGUAGUCACAUGAUCCAUCAGUAGUGAUGAGAAAUUUAUCAAAACGUAUGCCCAAUGUUUUGUUAUCCUUUUGAGAUUGUCUACAUGUACAGAAAUGGAAAUGACAUUUCAGUUCAAGUAUUCAGCACAACUAAACAGCACUGUUCAAUAUAUUGUUCAGAAUGGUUUAUGUUGAAAGAUGGUGAGUGUAUGGAAGCCUGUCACUUGUUCUUGCUGCUUCUGUAUAUAGAUUUAUAGCUUUGGAAAGCUAACAGCUUUAAUACACUUAUUCUCAAAUCUUUAAUGUGAUCUAGCCAUAAAGAAAAUACACAGUGGAUUGCGCUGGCUCCCAGUUAGUCAGUACAACUGUAUAGGUAAGAGCCAUUAGAGUCUGUCUACAAUGACAAGUCCAAGAUUAAAGUUCUGUGCAUUUUUCACCUGAAUCAAAUAAGGUGGAGUGCUUUUCUUCAAAUCUUUUGACCUGUCUAUCUGUCUUUUAAGAGGACCUUAUAAAAAAAAAAAAAAGUCCCAUUAGGAGACGUAAGGGCACUCGUCCAUUGUCCUUUCAUUCUUCCUUUCAUUUGCAGGGGGGGAAAAAGGUUUUAUUUAAUGUAUUUUUUCAUUCUUUGCCCCCCAAGCCCCAUUACAAAUUUAUAAAAGAAACAUUAUCUUGAAUCAUUUAAUUCGGGGCAAUUAAAUUUUGAAAUUCCACAUUCAUUAUUCAUGGGCUUCAAGAUAAAACCCCUUUAAUCCUUGAAUAGAUUAUUAUAAUGGGCGAUGGUGUGGGCAGUGGUAAACUCGGGCAGCCCUGCACAUGUCCGGUAUUGUUAGUAUUCUUCAUGUCAGGGCUGAGAGCAGGAGUGCAUGGAGCUCCCUUUGGCCUGGGACCGUGCCACCAAAGUAAUUCUGCCUAUGAAUAAUACACAGCGCUUCUAUUAAUAUAGAAUGUCGUCAGACCCCGAGUGGAGAACCCAUUGUCAUGCAAGUAUUUACCAAUACAUGUGCCGUGUUUGAUAGAGGGGGCUUUCUUGGAAGGUUGUGGGGUCACAUUUCCAUGCACAUUAAGCAGUCGGGUCCCAACCACUUCAGUUGUAGAAAUAAAUGUUCCAUAAAGGGGUUUUCAGCUUGCUGCCAUAUAAGUUAUAUGGGUCUUUAGAAAACCAUCUACAAUUGGAUUCAGAAUCUGAGACUGCUAGUGGAAGUUGCUUUUGCAUUUUAACAAAAUUUGCAUUGUUGAAUUACGUUGAAUAAACGUACAAAUGCA